CUGUUUCGAGCCGCUUGAUCUCCGGUUGUCUUCUGAUCGAGCCCGUUGGAGCUGCAUUUCUUUGGACCUGUUCUUCCAUGGAUCCGGAGGGAGGAUCCCAUGACGGAUCUAGCUACUACGCCAUCCUCGGGAUUCCCAGGGACGCCUCCUUCUCUGAUGUCCGUACCGCCUAUCGGAACCUCGCUUUGAAGUGGCACCCGGACAGAUGGGCUGGAAACAUUGCAAUAAUCGGAGAAGCCAAGCGGCGAUUCCAGCAAAUUCAAGAAGCUUACUCAGUUCUUUCCGAUAAGUCUAAAAGGUCAAUGUACGACGCCGGAUUCUACGAUCCUUUAGAAGAAGAAGACGAAGAAUUCUGUGACUUCAUGAACGAAAUGAUCUCGAUGAUGAACAAUGUGAAGGAUGAGGGGAACAGUUUGGAAGAUCUACAAAGGAUGUUCGUAGAAAUGGUUGGCGGAGAUGAGAUGAGCUUCGAGUCGAAGGAUGAGCAAACGAGCGGCAAGAGGGGACGUGUCAGUGCGCCAAGGGGCAGCGCAGCUAAACGCAGCAACUCUCGCCGCUAGCAUUGAAUUCGUGGUGUUGUGUAAUUUUCACCUUCUUUUGUAAUGGUUAAAAAUUUCCCCAGCAGAAAUGGAGUGUAGCAUUUAAUUACGAAUGGGGAAGCUGGGAGAAAUUGGGUUUGGUUCUGGAACAAUUGCACCAAAUAAAUCCGCCUCUUCCUGUUUCUUUGCA